GCGAUCUCACUCUCGCGAGGUUUGGCGUUGGCCAUGGCGGCGCUGGCUCUGAGCAGUUGGAGCAGAGGAGCUCUCCGGACGAGCCAUCGAGGAAUUACUGCUUACAGAAACAUGGAUCCUCUCCACGGACACUCAGGCUUCAGACAGAAGUCUUCUGUGCAGUUUUUAAGUCGACCGGACCUCCCUAAGCUAGCCUACCAUAGCAUCAAAGGAAAGAGCCCGGGAGUGAUCUUCCUGCCUGGGUUUGCUUCAAACAUGAACGGAGAGAAAGCAGUGGCACUGGAGGACUUUUGCAAGUCUCUAGGCCAUUCAUAUUUAAGGUUUGAUUAUACAGGGUGUGGUGCUUCAGAAGGUGAAAUGGAGAUGUGCACAAUAGGGAAGUGGAAGAAGGAUGUUCUGACAGUGAUUGAUGAGCUCACAGAAGGACCGCAGAUCCUAGUGGGGUCCAGCAUGGGAGGCUGGUUGAUGCUGCUCGUUGCAAUAGCCCGGCCAGACAGGACAGCGGCUCUGGUUGGCGUUUCCACUGCAGCGGAUCAUUUUGUGUCAGUUUUUAAAUCCCUUCCUAUAGAGGCAAAAAAAGAAAUAGAAGAGAAGGGGGUAUGGAAAAUGGCAACCAAAUACAACGAAGAAGGGUUUUACAACAUUAGCUACGACUUUAUCAAGGAGGCAGAGAACCACUGUGUGCUGCACAGUCCCAUCCCUGUCACCUGCCCGGUCAGGCUCAUCCAUGGCAUGAAGGAUGACACUGUGCCCUGGCACGUGUCCAUUCAGGUGGCCGACCGCAUCCUGAGCCCGGACCUGGACGUGACGCUGAGGAAGCACGGCCAGCACCGCAUGUCCGACAAGGAUGACCUGAAGCUGUUGGUCUACACUGUCGACGAUCUCAUAGACAAGCUGACCACAAACUAGCACCCUCGAUGGCAUUGAUUACCCAGGCUUCAACCCCCCCCCACCACCACUGUGGAGCCAUUUCUGAAACAUAUGCAACUGAAAAUAAAGGGGAAAACCAAAGCUGUAGGAACCUGGCGGUGAGAAACGGAAGCUCUCUCGUUCCUUGAAUUCCCUUUGGCCUUAUAAGUGACACUUUGUUUUCUUUCCUCUUAAUUUUUAGUCCUUCCUCUUUUUCUGAUGAUGUGUUUGCACACAGAUUAGAUUAUGUGAAGACAGUGCUGCUGUUUUGUAUGAGAUAAGCCUCAACUUUUCAUUGUUAUGUUGUUUUUCCUACUGUUUUGUACCAGGAAAAAAAAAGAAGUUUAUUGUUCUUGUUCCUGUGCUUAUUUUAUGACUGGAGUAUGAUGCUUCAUUGAGUGUAUGUGCCAUGGCUUUAUCGUGUACUUUAAAAUAAACACAAAGUAUGUUGCCUGUA